AUGGUAUUGAAAUCAAUACCAAUUAUAAGGAAUCCUCAUUGGAUUCUAUUAAAUAGAAAUUGUCUUAAUUUAAACAAAAGAUAUUUGGCAUCAGAUGCAAAAUCAAAAUCAAAUGAUCAAACAAACAUAUCAGUAGAUGUUUCUCAAAAACAAAAAAUAUACAUUACAGACCCUAUUUCUCCUGGCUCUAUAUUUUUUUUACCAAAUGGUACAAAAGUAUUCAACAAAUUGGUUCAAUUCAUUAAAUUACAAACUACUCAGUUGUUUGGAUUUAAAGAAGUUAUUACUCCUUUAAUUUAUAAAAAAUCCUUAUGGGAAACAUCAGGUCAUUGGCAAAAUUAUCAAGAUGACAUGUUCCAAGUAGCUGUUAAUGAUGAAUCUAAGGAAAUAUAUGGUUUAAAACCAAUGAAUUGUCCGGGGCAUUGUGUAAUCUAUAAAAGAUUUGACCGUUCUUAUAAUGAAUUACCUUUAAGAUUUGCAGAUUUCUCGCCUCUGCAUAGAAAUGAAGCUUCUGGGGCACUAUCUGGUUUAACAAGAUUAAGAAAAUUUCAUCAAGACGAUGGCCAUAUUUUUUGUACUCCUGAACAAGUAUACCAAGAAAUUCAAAACUGUUUAAAAUUAAUUGAUUUAUGUUAUACAAAAAUUUUUAAAUUUACAAAUACGGAUGAAAGUACCACUGAACCAUAUUUUUUGAAAUUAUCAACAAGACCAGAAGAUCAUUAUAUAGGUGAUAUUAAAGUGUGGGAUCAUGCAGAAACAAUUUUGAAAAACGUCUUAGAAGAAUCAGGUAAAAAUUGGGAAUUGAAUCCAGGAGAUGGUGCAUUUUAUGGUCCAAAGAUUGAUAUCAUGGUUAAUGAUCAUAAUAACAAAUCACAUCAAGUAGCUACAAUUCAAUUAGAUUUUCAAUUACCAGAAAGAUUUGAUUUAAAAUUUAAAGAUAAAGACAAUUAUUACAAGAGACCUAUUAUGAUUCAUAGAGCUGCUUUUGGUUCAGUAGAAAGAUUUAUGUCUAUCUUAUUAGAUUCUAAUAAUGGUAAUUGGCCAUUUUGGUUAAAUCCUAAACAAGUCAUUAUAUUACCAAUUAAUACGAAAAAGGAAGAUCAUGUAAAUGAAUCAUUUAAAUUAAAAAAUUUUCUAAGCAAUAAUAACCAAACAACAGAUAAUGAUAUUCAGCCAAUACCCUUAAAUAGUUUCCAUUUCGAAGCACAUGUCGAUGAUAGAUCCGAGCCAUUGGGUUAUAGAAUCAAAGAUGCAAUUUUGAAUAAAUAUUCUUAUUUAAUUAUUAUUGGUGACGAAGAAGUUAAAACAAAUAAAUAUUCCAUUCGUACCUAUAAUGAUCGUAAUAUUGAGCAUUUAACUUCAGCAGAGAUCUUUGAUAAAUUCAAGACUUUAGAAGAAAAUUAUAAAUAA